GACCCAUGUUAAAAAACAUAGAAAAUGGGGGAAAUGUGUUUGCUGCUGCAAUAGAAACAACCUUGGAAGGACUCUCUUUCAUUGCAGGCAAAGGUUAGGUGACCUUCUAUGAAAUGCGCUCUAGCUAUGAAUUGCUUUCGGACAGAAAUGCCACUGAGGUUCCUUCUGGCUUAUGAUUCCAUGAUUCUAUUAUUGAGGCUUGUAGAAUACAAGCUGUUCUGUAAAAUGAAGGGUAGUGCACUUUUCAACUGAUAUGUGAGAUGGUGGCAAGUUAUUAGACGACUGGAUCAUUAAAUGAAUAAGUGUAAUGAAUGAGGGUUGAAGUUCUGAACAAGUUUUCAGAAUCUACUUAAUUUCUUUAAACCCUCCAUAGAAAUUUAAACCAAAAAUGGUGGUGGUAGGGUGCUUUAAAGUUAUAUUUGCCUUCUUUGAGGCAGAGGAAAGUAGAAAUAAAAAUGUAACAGGAAAUAACAUGCUGGAAUUUGCUUACUACUUGAAUGUAGCUGUAAUUGAGUUGAAGCCAUAUCCCUUGCCUUAAUUCAAUCAAAGACUCCUCCAUGGAAAAUGGGUGGGCUGUACCCACUGUGCAACUUUGUAGAGCUCCUUUGAGGGAAGUGGGCAGUUUCUACAAGGCAGAGACACGGAGGAGGGACCAGAGCUGGAAUCUCAGCCAUCUCACUGAUUCGACAGUCACACUUCUGGAGAGGCAGUUAAGAGUCUGACCAACAUUUGCUCUGGAGAACAAGGUAGGUUGAUAGGAAAGGAUGAGGUGGAGUUUCAUUGCUGUGUCACCUAGUUCAUGUUUAAGGUGUAAUUUAAUUCCAUGGAGAGGCAGCUGGUACUUAAUGGGAUGGGUAUCACCAAAGGGCAACUGAAAGGUGUUAAUGUGGGAUUUGUGUGUUGGUAGUGUUUAAAUGAAAUUUGUGUCUGGCAUGUAUUGCAUACAGGUUGCAUCAUCCAGAGUGGACUAUAGUCUGUAAAGAGUUAAUGACUGAGAAGCUGUGUUGACCUUGAUGUGUCUGGGGAGUAUCCAGACUCAAGUGUGUUUGUACAUUACUGAUUGCGUUAGUUGAGAUCUUGCUCUGUUCUGAGUUUGUGUCUGUCUAGAGUGAAAGCCAAGCCUGUGUUCGUCUGCAAGUCUGCUUGUCUUGUAAGCAGGUAGGAAUGGUGCCCCGAAGUCUGGAUGCCCUGUUGAUCUGCUUCCUCUUGGACCUGAACAAAGGAGGUCUUGCAGAGAACGUUCAGCAGGCGUUUCGAGUUGAACCCGUUAAUGUCACCAUUCAUGAAGGGGGAACAGCUCUGUUAAAGUGUGAGGUGGACAACCCUUCUGGCAUUGUGCAAUGGGUGAAGGAUGGGCUUUUGUUGGGCCCAGAUCGGCACAUUCCACGGUUUCCUCGAUACAGCAUGGUGGGUGAUGCCAACAAAGGCCAGUAUAACUUGCAAGUAAUAAGGAGUCAACUGGAUGAUGAUGCAUCAUAUGAAUGCCAGGUGGGACCCUCCGAGAAGAGCGCUGGUAUUAUUUCCCACAGCGUGCAGCUUACGGUGCUUAUUCCCCCCAAAAGACCAUGCAUUAUGGAAUAUGAGGCCGACAGUACUGUGACUUGGGUGGCUGGAAAGGAAUACACGCUGAGUUGCCAAGUGAAUGAUGCCCGGCCUCCAGCUGAGAUUGCCUUUACAACGGGUGACAAAGAUCUGACAGAUGUGACAUCUCACGUCCAGCCUGGCUCCAAUGAUAAACUCUUUAACACCGAGGCAACCCUUAGGUUCACCCCCAGGAGUUCAGACAAUCGGCAGCGGUUGACCUGCAGAGCCUCCAAUGCUGUUGCUAUAAUCCCAGCGGUUGUUGGCUUCACCAUGAACAUCCUGUUCCCACCUCAGUCCCCACAUAUUGAGGGAUAUAAUGACCCUAUAGCAAAAGGCAAGGACCUCCAAUUGAUCUGCCUUUCUUUGAGUGGAAACCCGCUGGCAACCCUGCAGUGGCUGAAGAAUGAUGAAGUUAUUUCUACUAACUGGGAGACGGAUGAGGCCAAGCAAUUGUCCAGGAGUUCCCUCAGAAUCAGCAUCAAAGCAGAAGACAACAUGGCUACAGUGAGCUGCCAGGCCUUGAACCAAGUCUUGAAGUUUCCUCUGCAAGCCAGCAUUGUUCUACAUGUGGCCUUUCCUCCUGAACAGGUGAAAAUCAUUGGCUCAAGCAGCACUCAAGAGGAGAAGGAGAUUUCUCUGUCUUGUUCCACUUCGCCCAGCAACCCACCGGUCUUCCUGCGCUGGUGGCUGGGCUGGAGGGAACUCAAUGCCACUGAGGUCACCAACUCAGAGGCAGCCCAUGGAGGAAUGAUUACAGUAUCGAAUCUGACAUAUGAAGUACACCGAGAAGACAAUGGUCUAUCGCUGAUCUGUGAGGCUUUCAAUGAAGCCAUCAUGUACACCAAGACUGCCAGUGUGGCCCUCAGAGUAAUGUAUCCACCUCAGAAAAUCUGGAUUGAUGUGCCGCCUCUAGAAACAUGUUUUCGAGCUGGCAAUGAAGUCAAACUCACCUGUUUUGCCAGCGGUGGUAACCCUUCACCUCGUCUUGAGUGGUAUAAGGAGACCUGUACAAACAUAGGAGGAGCCACAGCAACAUGUGGGCAGCAGCAACAGCCGUCUCCUGGCAAAAGUGGACUAUUGAAGCCCUGUCUGGGAAAACAGGAAAUCAAGAGUGUAAGGGAUGGAAUAACCUCAAAGACAUCGGGGAAUAUUGUUUCCAGGGAGCUGAGCCUGACCCUUACGCCCAGUGACAACAUGGCUACCUAUCGUUGCAAUGCUACCGGUGCUUCCAGAACCCCAGCACUCACUGCAUAUACUUUUCUUCAUGUUCAGUUCCCACCUCUACAUGCAACGAUUGCAACGACAGACAAAGAGUUGAGACGAGGCCAGUUGGUGACCCUGAACUGUAAAUCGGGAAGCAGCAACCCUCCUGCCAGCCUCACUUGGAUCAAAGAUGGAAAGAAAUUGGAUGCAACUAAUUUAGGACAGAAAAAAGCAGAGUACGGUGGUUUCUCCACUUCUGGGAGAGUAGCUCUGAGAGUAUCAUCUGCAGACCAUGGGAAGAGGGUGGAAUGUCAUGCGCUCAGCUCUGUUCUCUCUGAAGGUGUGAAUUCCUUCCACCAACUCACUGUCUUAUUCCCACCAGAGUUCUCCAGCGAGCAGGUCCACAUAGUGCAAGCUGUGGAGCAGGGAGCUGCCCAGCUGCCUCUUCUGGUCUCUGCCAGCCCUCCUGAGAUCACUUAUCACUGGAGUUUCCUGGGAGAGGUCCUCCUGACCGAGGGUUUGCCACGCUACCACCUGCGGGAUGGUGGCUCUCUGGAGAUCUGGAACGUGACCCGAGCUGAUGCUGGAAAAUACAAGAUCCACUGUGAGAACACAGAAGGGCACAAUGAGACAACAAUCACUUUGGAUGUCCAAUAUGCCCCAUCCAUUCGUAGCAUUGGAGACCCAACCUUUGUGAACGUGGGGGGCUCAGCAGAGAUUGUGUGCCAGGCGGAUGCCAACCCCGCACCAUUGGGCAUGUUUCAGUGGAGGUGGCUGGCUGAUUUGGAGCAAAACCUGGAAGAGCUUGGCAUUGAACUUCUCUCAGAAGGUCUAACAGGACAACUGCGGGUCAAAGAGGCGCAACGGACACAUGCUGGACUCUAUGAAUGUCAAGUGGAUAAUGGCAUCUCUCCAGCAGCAAGGAGCAGUGCCCGCUUGAUUGUGCAGUAUCCACCAGAGAUCAUCAAGGGCCCUGGUCAGAGAAAAGUGGCAGCUACAGGGGAUGGGAAAAGUCAAGCUGUGCUCCAGUGCAGUGCUCAGGGUGUCCCGAAGGUGCAGUUCAGCUGGGCCAAGAAUGGGAUUUCCCUGGACCCUGACAGCCCCAGACAUACUGUGGCUACGAGCCAUGUGGGUUCCUUGCACACCAGCACCUUAACCAUUGCAAACGUGAGCGUGGUUCAUGACUAUGCCACCUUCACCUGCACAGCCAGCAAUGAACUUGGCACAGACACUCUUGACAUCCAGCUACUUAGUACCAGUCGCCCUGACCCACCCACCGAGUUGAAGGUCAUUGGGGUUUCCCACAACUGGCUGGCCCUGGGAUGGACCCCAGGCUUUGAUGGAGGGCUUCAACAAAGCUUUCGUAUCAGGUAUCACUGGCCUGGAGUCCCCAGCUUUCUGUAUGUGGAUGUCUUCCCACCACAGUCCAAAGUGUUUACCUUGACAGGCCUGCAGCCAGACACCCUUUACAAUGUCUCUGUCAAUGCACGCAAUGCUCUUGGGGAAAGCGACUAUGCUGAUGGCGGUGCAGGACUUAGCGUCACCACUGCAGAGAGAAUGCAAGAACCAAGUGACAGAGAUCCAGGAAUUCUACCUGAACCCACACCAGACAGACCCGUGUUGCCUCUUCCCAUUAUCAUUCUUCUGGGAGCUCUUGCGGGGCUUCUGAUAUCAUCCAACUUGUUCUUCCUGGGCUGCCUACUUUACAGGCGACGGGUGCAAGGUCUGAAAGAAGAUGAAACCACGGGAGAAAACAAGGCAAAGGUGCGAUUUGGGAACAACUAUACUGUAUGCAGUUGGCUGAAAUGUAGUGCACACUCAGCCCAGCUAGAGGAGCACAGUUCUGAGAGCAGCUCUACAAAGAUGUCAACAUCUGGAUCUGCAGCUACUACAGAGACCUGGUCACAGCUGGAUCACCAUGCUCAAAAAGAGGGCAAUGCCACCAUUACAGAUCACAAUAUCCUGCCCCCUUGGCUUGGCUCCUCAGAGCCUCAUGAGUAUGAAGAAGUGAGGAUGGCAAGGGGAUAUGAGGAGCUGGCACCUCGGUAUGAUAUCUGGCACCCUAAGGAGGAACCACAGGUUCACGAAUAUGCAAGCCCCUACCAACUGAGUGGAGGAUUGCCGGCUGGCUAUGCAAAAGUUGUACAGAUCUAUGAUCCUGUGGCGAAUUAUUUGCUCCCGCAAGAGGAGCUGCCGUUUGAGCAGCAAGGGGAAUUGGUCUAAGCAAAGCUACAAUCAGCUUGUCUGAUCCAUCAGGAUUUUGCUGUCUUCUAUAAAGUAAACCGUGAUUAUACACUGCUCUGUA